CUCGACGUAGAGUCUAUAUUUCAUACUUUCAUCCGAAGCAUAAGUAGGUGACGCAUUAUAAUGGUCUUAUCAUUUACAUAUCUCGUUAUAACCGGUUCAAGGGGUUAAUAAAAUUCAACCGGCAUCCUUAUGACCACGUGCAUCCUUGCACACGUACAGUAGCAUCGGAUUCACGUUCCUCGGGGGUAACUGGUGGAUCCUUUGGUUAGUGUUGGUGAGGAUUCCUGCAACUGGGUGGGGCGGCGCGGAGGCGCCUGCGUCGCACGAGAUAUCCAGGAGCGUGUCUCCUGGGUUAUCCUUAAAAUAUCCGGGCUAUCCUAUUACCACGAAAUUCGAAUCGUGGCGGCUUAUCAUUAAUCACAGCCUCCCUUCGGCGACGCGACUCGUUGGGGCUCCGUGUCCUUUUCCACUGCUCUAUAUACGCUCGUGUACGCUUUAGAACGCGAUGCGUGUUCGUCCUCUUACCUUCUUCUCUCUCGUCCACAGUCUAAACCUCUAUCUCCGGUAUCUCUUGCUCUCUCUCUCUCUCUUCCUCUUUCUCCAUUACUCGAUUCCUAACAGCGUUGGUUAGAAGGCCCGAUUCACGACGGACCAGUGAAAGAGAACGAAGUCGGCAAUAAAUCUACGGCCGAUGAACGAAGUGGAUGCCUGCUUGCCCCCGCGCUCACUCGAUCGACUUUUAUUUCAAAGGCGGCAUGGAAAGGGAUACGAGAGAGCGCCUAAGGGAAAAGUAAGGGAGUAAGAGAGGAGAGAGAUGCCGGAUGCUCGUACGCGAGAUGCGAAACACGGCCUAGUAAUUUGGAGAAAAUUCAAACACGCUCUGUAAUUGCAUAGGCAUCUCCGUUGCCGUGGCGCGUUGCCCUUUUUGGAGAGUUGCUUUUUCAUCGACAUGAAAGCUGAAAGGGUUUCUAAUUAAAUCACGCGGUCGCGCGUCAAAGAACGUAUGAACCGUUUCUAAGAGGGCAGGGAAAAAAUAUUUUUUAUGUUAAACUCGUUUUCCCUCCCCCUACUGAAGCCAGCUACAGUCGUUAUCCAGGAAACAACUAUGGUAUUCGUACAAUUACUCGAACAAUAUACGCGUACAUCCAUUGUACUGCAAUUAUAAGCAAACUUUUUGUCGUUUGAGAAGUUUCUAUUUUUACACGUCGCAUAUUUUCUCGAACAAGCAAACCUUGUGCGAGGUAGUUUCGCGCCCGAGCAGUGCUUAAUAACGUUCCUCAUGGAGUAGGUAACUAGGGAUUAGUAUCAUACACAUAUUAAUCACAUCGAAGUUACCGUGUCGAAGCUAUUAAUUUUCUGCUUGUUAUUUAUUUGUUUCAUUUUCCUCUGUUGUACGUUCAGAUUUAUCGCUCCGCACAAUACAAGCUUACACGUACAUACAUAUUUCCAGCCGAUCCUUCCAUCUCUUUCUCGGAGCUAUUUCCUCCUCUCGUACGAUUCAACCGCCAUAGCUCUAUCAGCGGGCCUAGUCUGGCGAUGCGGUGACACUUUUCGACAUGGAUCGUGCUACGUGGCACUCGAACGGUUAACCGCGAACUCGAUGGAAGUGCCGAUGUCGCGAGAGGGUUGAACGUAACGGAUGGAAAAGAUGAGGCUCGUCUACGGGUACAAAUACGAAACCAUCCUUUUCUCUCUGGCCCGUGGUCGACUUUGCUCGAAGCGUUACGAGGACUUAUUACCAUCUAGAUCCAUGACGGUUUCGCGUCACGGGUGGAGAGAAAAGAACGUCAAAGUGGAUAAAUUUUGAGGUCGGAAACGGACAAAUCGCGAUUCACCCCUCGCCAUGCGCGUUCAUAUAAUACGUUACCUGAUAUGCAUUUUCUAAACGCUUUUUUUAUCCUUUAUAUCCCCGUUCGUUUUACGUGCGGACGAUACAUGAUCACCCAUCCGUGGAGAGCUAACCGUGCCCAACGUAGCUUUACUUCGGUGAUCUAGCAAGAAACUGUACAUGCUCCCACGGCUAAGGCCGUUGAUUAACUAAUCCAUUUACUACAACAAUGUAAACUCAGCCCUAAACGCGGGACAAGUUCGGGGAAUGCAAGAAUGGGUAGUUGGAGCGAGUACUUGCGAGAAAGUUGUUGCGAAUAUCCAUCUGGCGGCGAGCGCAAGAACUAUCGCCGCAGAAUGAUCGAAUUAAGAUUGAAGCGGAGAUAAAACAUGAGCGGUCUACGUGUUGUAAUAACACGGGGAAACAAUUCCGCUUUCUGUCUUAUAAUCAAAUUCCACUCUAGUUUUCCAUUCUCCGAGCAUCGCGGCUACGAACGAGACGUCGAUGCUGGGACCGCCUACGCGACGAGAAAACAUUCGUCGUCGUCGCGUAAUUUCCAACGUCGAAUGUCUACGCGGACGCGUAAUAAAUGAUAAAAAGGACUAACAAACGGCUAGCUGCAGCGGAAAAAGGAAGAAGCCUGUGCGCGCGCGACGGGCAAGAAGCGGAGCGGAGCUUUCGCGGCGAUGCAAGGGGCCAAACGAGAAGAAGAGCGUGUAGCGACAGUCCGUGUGUACCAGUCCGUUCCAAGCCGACACGAUGUGUUUCCCCAAGCUUUUUGUUUUAAUUUCGUAGAGGCCACCGGCUCUCCCAGUCUUUUCUCCCUUCCUCGCUCGUGGGAGAGCCGCGAAAUAUACCGCGGUGGUUUUCAGCGCCGUGGAUGCUGUUAAGUAUACAGGGUGUCGUGUAACUGCUGUUAUAAUCUGAAGCAAUUGAAAUUCUCUAUGAAACAAGGAAACGAAAAUGUGCACCAAAGUAAUUUCUGUACGUAGUUUCGUUCCGGAGCAAAUUUCAGUAUUUUCAGUAUUUUAUAAUUCUGAAUUCUUGCAAAAUUUUCCUCUAAAAAUUGAGGAAAAUAUAACUUUUCAAUACUAUUGUUCUACACUUUUAUUUUAUUUAACACUUUUAUUUUAUCUCUGUUUCUCUGGUUGCACCGGAAGUUACAUGACACCCUGUAUAUUCUUGAUUCUCUGACUCUCUUUCACUCCACGUUUUCAUCUUCCAUCGCCCUCAUCUCUUCCCUCUCGCGCUAUCAACCACUCGGAUCCUCUCUCUCCCUCUCAUCCUCCUCUAUUCCCCUCUCUCCUUCCCCGUGUCAUCCCUUCUCCUCGUUCGCUUUCGCCGCCACCCCUUCGACUCGGUAAGGGCUGAACCGGCCAGUGCAAUCCACGACGAGCUCGAGGUUGAAUCUCUACGCGUCUCUCGUCCCGUUUAGCGCGAUUUUUUUCACGCGUUGCUCGCGUUACGUAGCGCGGUAAACCGCACUAUCGGUUCCACUUCACGGUAUCAAGCGUAACAUCGCGCCGCGGUGAAGUUUUGUUUCCAGUUCGUUCUUCGUUACAUCGUUCGUAAUCGCGCGCUCCUAUCCUCCUCGUUUCGUACAAGCUCGUUUCAUCGCGUCGUGCGCGUUUAUUCGUUCUCUCUCUCUCUCUCUCUGUCUCUCUCUCUCUCUUCCCUUCAGGUCAAUUAGCGUGCAGCCCGGUUUAAUGAUCUUUCGAACGUCAUUAAACUGGCGCUCGGUCGGGGUGCACUCGAGGCGUGAACUUCGACGGGCAAGCUUGGCGUCAAGUAGCUGGAAAAUGAUACGUUCGGCACGACGGCGACAACGUAACUUCGAUGGUCGUUAAAGCACGACGACAAGUUCUCGGCGGGAUGUCAACAUCAUCGCGUCUGUCUCUGCUGUCCAACGCAGCGAUCUUAUAGUCUACUAAGCGAAAUGUCGCGACAGCACGAGAAGCGGGAACGAGGCAGCCCUUAAAGGAACCGAAUCAUCCAUAAUCCCGAAACCGAGAGCCAACGUUCGGUUCAUCCCUUGUAACCGGGGAUACUAACGGCACGGGACAGCUCAAAUUCCUCAAAGGAGCUGGUUAACCAUCCCGACGAUCUUCCAGGAGGACACACCGAUAUACAAGGACGUGGUUACGCGUUAUCUAUGUACACGUGCGCGCAGCUGGACGAUCCAGGAAGGAAGUUGAAGCGGAUAGGGUUGGCCGAGCUGAAGGCAGCAAGCUUUAGCUCGCUCGCCUAAAGACACAGUUGUCGAGCUUGUUGGCCGAGGUUACCGCAAACCAGCAUUCCACAAACUUGCGCAAUAUCCACAAACCCGUGUAGCCGCGAAAUUCUUUGGCAAAUCUUCGUGUUUGCCGAGACGCAACGCGUCCCGAGUGCUGCCGCAUCGCGUUCGUAACAGUUAUACGGGAGGCGAAGCUGCGUCCUCGAGGUGCAGCCGAGUGAGAAAAAUGCACCGCUGAAAAGAGGCUCGACGAGAAACGGUGCUGUCUUCCGUUUAACGCUCGACGACCGCGUCGACGUCGACGUCGACGACGACGGGUUUGAAACAGUUGAGACGGUUGGCAAACGAGCAGCCGGAGAAAGUAGGCGAGACGAGGGUGUCCCGUUUAAGGCAGAAUAUUAGUCGUGUCGUUUAAACGGUCCUCGUGUUUCGCCAGCCUUGAAUCGGCAUCGUAAUAUCCCGUGACGUUUUUACAUAGCCUGUCCAUAGAAGUUCUGCAAGCUCGCGUGGACCCUUCUCUAUCACGCGGUGACAUUUUUUUUCCAAUUAAAAACCAACCGGCGGAGGACAAUGCGAUUCGACUGACGACGGUCGUUCUUACGAGACUUGAAAGCAGGAUUCGUUAUCCGCGUUGAUACGGACAGCUUGAGCGACGUUUUUGUUUAAAACCGACCGUCCACGAAAGCGCAGGAAUUCGAACGGUGACAUUAAUGUUAUAUAUUAAGUCGGCGAGCUUUAAGCUCGGCAAAGAAAGCGCAAACUUUCCGCACGAUUGCGCGAAUAUCAAACGGGAGGAAAGCAGGAAGAAGCUGCGGUGCUCGUGUAAAGGAACGGAACGGUGGAUGUUACCCGGCCGGUAUCUCUGCUCGCUGUCGGCUAAAAAAAGGAAGAGAGAAAGCAACGGAGAUUUCUGUAGAAGCGUGGUUUGACUGUGCGGAACAGUAGCGACGGCUACGUUGAAAGCCACUCGACGGAAAGAACCGGGACGUUGGCUUCCAUGGCCUACAGCAUCCUGUAUUUCUGAUAACGUACAGAACUCGACUAACGUACCGCCAGGAACAUCCGUGAAACGAGGCUGAAUGAGACGGCGCGUCGGCGGGCAAGAAACUGCCUUCCCGUGAGGCGUGCUAUUAACUUCACCGCCAAAGGAUAUCGUCGACCGACUCGUCUUGCAAACUUCAACAAUAUCCCCCUUGAACAGCAAACCUAUUACGCGACGCGUUUCGACACGUGUAUCUUCCUGGGUUUGUUCCCGUGUACGCAUCCGCAGGAAAAGCAGCAACUCGACCCGUUGCCUGUUACGUUUCCAGGGGUAUAAUCUAUAGACUAGGUCGAACAAUAGAGGCUUCGACGUCUCGAACGAAGCAACUUGCCAGAACCAAAGCCAUCCUACGAUGCACUCCCGUUCACCUUUCGGGAUCUCGAUAAAGGAUCGGGGAAACUAGGUUUCAUCGUGGUCGUUCGCGAGCCAGCCUCGUUUCACGACGAACAGGCAACGACCCUCUAUAACUGUAUACCAGUCGUUAACGAUAGGACGUAUUUCGUGGCCAAACGAUUCGACCCGGAUGCGAGCAAUGACGUAAACUCGGCCAAUAAUCUAACGGCUGGAUUGAUCUGUUUAACGCCUGAUACAGAGUUGAUACUGGAUUCAGUUCGUUUCCCAACGGAACUGUGGAAAGUUUUCUCUUUCGCCCCGGCGGCGUUAAUCAAUCGGCGAGAAGCGAGCGACAGAAACAAUCGCGCCAGACGAAUGGGAAUGCGAUGAGAGGUUCCUUGUCUUUCGGAAAUAUCGAGCAUCGGUAGCUCGUGUCGGAUGGAUCGAGUUUCUUGCCGCGUCAUCGACAAGUGGCAGCUCUCUCUUCGGGAAAGCUUUCAAUCUGUGGAUUGAACCCGAAGCCCGGGUUCUAACGGUGCUCGUCGGGUUACGUUAAAUCCGAGAACGCCGGUGAAUGAGGCCAGGCGACGACGAGGUGGCAAUUGGCGGCAAGCUGGGCGAGCAACCGCCAGGCAGAAAAAUAUGGUACACGGGACCACGGGUCUGUGGCACGACGCGGGAUUCAACGUAUCGAGGUGGCUGAUGAUCAUAAUACACGGAUACAGGGCUACCACCCUUCUCUUAUCCAUCUUCCUUAACGUGAUGGUGCGAACUGAGUAUCCCACGGCGGUUACGGCGGAAAUAGUGGCGGUUAACGAGAACUCCCUUGAAACAGGCAUCACCGGGAAAUCGUUAGACAUCGAUCUGCCACCCACGUUGCCGAUGAGCUUCGGGACUGAAAAUUCCACGAUGAUCUCGGCCCAAUCCGGAUCCAUAGCGUUGCUGCCCUGCGUCGUCCAUAAUCUAGGGGACGGAGUGGUGUCGUGGAUCAAACGGAAGAACGUUCAGGAGCUACUGACCAUCGGGAGGAUAGCGUACGCCUACGACGAACGUUUCCAGCCAAUUCAUUUCCAUCACAGCGAGGAUUGGACUCUUCAAAUAAAAUACGUCCAGCCGAGAGAUGCCGGAUUGUACGAGUGCCAAGUAUCCACCCACCCACCUACCAGUAUAUUUCUGUUCCUCGAGGUUGUUGAGGCCAGAGCCGAGAUAGACGGUCCCUCGGAGAAGUUCGUGAGGCCGGGCAGCACGUUGCAGCUUCAUUGCGAGGUGAAAAAAUCGACCGAGACGCCCUCCUAUCUAUUCUGGUACCACAACUUCCGGAUGAUCAACUUCGACGGGGAUCGAGGGGUCAAUGUCAGCACCGAUCUGACGGGGCGCGAGAGUUGGCUGGAGGUGCCCCGUGCGUCCGAUCGCCAUUCCGGAAAUUACACCUGCGAAGCGAGCAACGCUCAACCGGCCCGGGUGUUGGUGCACGUGUUCAAAGGAGAUAAUCCAGCCGCGAUGCAGCACAGCAUCGCGUCAUCGCCAUCUAUCAUGGCGUGCAGUGCGCUACUGAUGAUGUUUACCACGUUGAAACUGGUGUUGCAUUCGACCACCACGAACUGACCAUCGUGUAACACCGUCGCUUGUCAAUCAGGGACAAAAGUAUAAAAAAAAUGGAAUAUCCACAGGUUGUGAUGAUUUCUUUAUUUUUUUCUUUAUAUCUUUCUUUCAAGAAAAAGUGUUACGCUGUUGGAAGACUCUAGUUGGACCUGUGAAUGCAUCUUCGAAAGGUAAAAGAAAGGUAAAAAAUGAGGUUCAUUCGGAUUAACGAGACUGUGAGCUGCAGACUCGGGGAUAAAAAGGAAUCGUGCAAAUAGGGAUGUCAGGGGACUGUAAUGGUGUCCUGGGUUCGAUUCCCAGCGCCGCGAUCCUUAUUUUUUACGGAUUCCUAUAAAAGUGUAAGUCGUAUACAUUUCCGUGUAACGAACUAUGCCUGUGUAAAUAGCGUUAACGAUGCUCAAGCAACUAAACCCGCGUACGUAGUAGUACCGCGUGGAUAACGAAGUGGUCGCAUGUAUCUGGAAAAAUGAUUUCGUGUUCGGUGCAGAAACAUUUUGAAAAGAGUGCUCGAAAUCGGACUGGGUACAGGGGGUAGGUUACACGUCGAGCACGAGCUAGAAUUUCACGGGACACCACCCGCUCUAUUAACCGUUGUGAUACGUGUAAAUGUAAGCUGUGUGUACUAUCGCGAUCAUAGAAGCGUAAUUGUGUAAUCUGUCUGCGACGAGUGGCACGAUUAAUGGCGAUAAUCCUGUCGCGAACCGACGCAUUUUGCCGACCGAAACUUUCCAAACAGUGUUCCACCUCGUGGCGAUAACUUUAUUCGGUCGCGGUAUUAACUCCCUCUCUUCCCCCCGUGGUAGCACUCUGAAAAUUUGUUACGUUAAUGGCAACGACCCACGGGAGAUCGCCGCGGCUGUCGACCAACCGGUUCCGUAACUUUGUCCCGGGAAAAGAAAGAAAAGUGAAAAGUACGCGAUGUCGUGAUAGAGUUCCGAUGGUUCUACCAUCGGAUAUCCGAUUUAAAACGGACAAACUUAACCGCGAUCUAAUCGAAUAUCAGAAUAUUCGGCCUACGUACAGGUGCGCGUAAUUAAUCGUGAUAAUCCCGGCGUAAUGCAGCACAGCCUAAUGACAUUAUCUUCUAUUGCCUUGCUACGCACGGACGACCUUGCUCAUAAUGUCCAAAUUAGUUCUAUCUGACGUCCACAAAAUGACCGUGCUCAGGUGUUACACGUAUGUAGAGAAGAACCGACGCGACGUUUACGAGGAACACCGAGGUUUGCUGGAAAAUAACGAUGCCAUUGGUAAACAUGUUUCACGUUAGAAUAUCCACAGGAAUUAUGUGAUAAUCUUUGUGUUAAUGAAUCGUGGUAGGAGGAAUCUCGUUAACGUCGAAUUGUGCCAAUCGUGUGUCAUUUUCGUUUUGUUAGGUUCAAUUUUAUUGUACAUAUAUUUCCUGACGUCGGUUAAUUGUUGUUCGUGAAUCACAAGGGAUGGUUGAAUUAUUGAUACAAAUUGUGCAGGUUGCCAUAUUUCUCGAUAAUAAGUAUUUAUGGUACAUUAAAAAUUUUAGUUACUUCUCUGAAAAUAAUUAUUUAUGAACAUUUCUUCUCAAUCUUUUAUCUUCAUUGGUGGAUAAUAUCCAUCGAGAGGUGACGUGAAACCAUAUUUUCAUUAAAUGUUCUAUUAACCCGCACGAUUUAUACCCAUGAUUCAGCGAUUCCUGUAUAUUAUAAAUCCAUUAAAGGGACGCGUUUCUGUUUUUCUAACGAAGAAUGGGAACGAUUUUCUGGACCACGAUGUUUCGCAAUGUUAAUAUUACAGCAUGUUAUCAAAACCCCAUUAUCAUCCAAGUAGUUGUUUCACUUGUCCAUACACGUUGUCAACGAGGAUAAUCCAAUUGCAAAGAUAAUAAAUCGUAUUACGAGCGAUGUACCGAAUCUCGAUACGAUCGGAUAAAAGAUUAUCGUAAGCUGCAUCGAAGAUGGUACAUCGACUCGAUAACAAUUCUUCAGAAGGGAUCUUCAGAUCGGUCGAUUUCUCCCGAUCGGGAAAAGGAAAUAAAAGGUUACUAGCGUUUCGACGAGAAAGUUUUGGUUGACGUAAGAGUUAAAGCAAUGGAUAAUUUAAUGUGAUGUUCGAUGAUAUUGUCACUGUCUGUUGUAUGUAUAUACCUAUAUAAAUAUGUUACGAACGUC